AGUUAAGCUGUAAGCUACAGUAACUCUGACUCUCUCAUGAGCUCCAGACUCUGUAAUCAGCUCUUUCAUGCAACAUGUUUCAGGAGCUUUUGGAACAAAGUGGAGUGUGAAGUACAACCAACAGGAAAUAUGUGCUUUAAAUGGAUCCACAGUGUUUAUGAAUGGAACUUAUACUUACCCAGAACAUCUUACAGUGACAGAGACUUUUUGGGGCAUACAUCCAGUUCCAGGGAUGGAUCCAACUGAUCUGAGUAAAGACCCAGAUUAUUCAGGCAGAUUCGAGUAUUUAACUGAUGAACAGAAACACUUCUCCCUCAAACUGAGUGAUGUAGUGAAGAAGGAUGAACAUCGCUACUGCUUCAGAAUCAUAACAAAUGAAGAAAAAGAACGAUGGCUGGGUGAACCUGGAGUUCAGCUCAGAGUUAUAGAGCUCCAUGUAGAAAUUCCUGAAGAAGUGACAGAGGGAGAAACGGCAGAUCUGACAUGUAAAACCAUCUGCAGUCUGACUGACCCAACAUUCAUCUGGUACAAAAAUGGACAUCCUUUAACAACAAAGACCAUCAAGAACAACCAGCUCCACCUGCAGACAGUCAGCAGUGAGGAUGCAGGCAGUUAUAGCUGUGCUGUAAGAGGAUAUCAACACCUCCACUCUACUGCUCACAACCUCAGAGUCAGAUAUCCUCCAAUGAGCGUCUCAGUGUCUAUCAGUUCCUCUGGUGAAAUAAUGGAGGGCAGUUCAGUGACUCUGACCUGCAGCAGUGAUGCAAACCCACCUGUGAAGAUCUACACCUGGUUUAAAGAAGGUGGAACCUCACCUGUAGGAUCUGGACACAGUUACAGCAUCAUCAACAUCACUGCUGACCACACUGGACUGUACUACUGUGAAGCUCAGAAUGAACAUGGAGUUCAGAAUGGAACUGUGAUGGUCACUGUUAAGACAGGUGGUUCAUUGGUUCUGUAUUCAGUGGUUCUGUAUGUAGUUGUUGGAGUCAGUCUCUGUGGAAAUGCAGCUCUGCUCACUGUAGUUUUCUGGAUGAGGGGCAAAAGACAGAACAGAAACCUGGAAGAGCGAGAUAAUGAGGUGAGCUUCAACAAAUCUCUAGGCAUUCAUAAACACACUGGUCUUAAUGCACAAAUUAACGCUGACCCUAAUGCUAAGGACGACACGUACACAGCUCUUCAGCCCACAGCCAGGUCCUCUGAUGAUGUGUACCACACACUUGCAGCUGUUCAGUUGAUGACCCGUACAUAG